AUGGAUAGUUCCCCAGACGUCAAUCGACUUGUAGAUUCCAAUGCAGUCCCGACAGAAGCCCAAAUAGCGCGUAUUCGUGAGCUUUUGGACGCCACGGAAGACAACAUUGAAGAGCUCCAGGCGCAAUUGAACCACCAGUCCGAAAUCAAGCAGCUCUGCCAGCUCAUCUUAUCCCCUAUGCGACGGAUCCCCGACGAUAUUCUGCAAGAAAUAUUUCUGUUCACUGUGCCGACAGAUUUGAACCAGUGCCAUGAUAUCCGGGGUUUGCUGCGACUUACCGCAGUCUGCUCGCGCUGGCGGGACAUUGCCUUAUCCACAGCGCGCCUUUGGAAUAGGAUUUGCGUCAUGGGCCCCCGUCGGCGAAGUCGCCUCCGCAAGCCAGUUUGGUUUUCGGACCCAAAUCUUAGGCGGAAGUACCUGGGGUGGACCAAAGCGUGGAUUACUCGCUCUCGAAAGGCCCCAUUGUACCUCUACCUCGAUCUGGGGUCGUUUGACGAGGAUCUCACGGUGUGGAAAGACGUUCGCAGCGCGCUCAAGACGUUUUUCAAACCCAUUGCCCCACGACUACACCACCUUACGCUUCUUUCAAGCUCCCUGGAACAUAUCUUACCUCACUCGCCCUUCACUGACAAGACGUUCCGUCAACUGCACUCGGUCAUCAUAGAGGCGCACGACGAAAUCGAUCCCAACGCACCAACGAGAACCAAGGCGGUGACCCUCUUCCCCGCAUGCUCCCAGUUACACACAGUCGAUGUUUCCAACACAGGACUCAGCGUAGAGCGCCUUAGCUUUCCUGUCGAGAAUCUAGCACAUUUUGCGAUGGACUGCUUGGAUCCAGAUGGUGUACCCAAAGUCAUGAAACGGUGGAACAAGCUCCGUACCCUCUCGCUUUCAGAGUGCGGCUUCUCCUCCUUCUUUCCCGAAGAGCCAUCGCAGGAAAGCUCUUCGGACAACGAGCGAAUCAUCAUGCCCAACCUCGAAUCCCUCUCGAUAUCAUUCGACGAAUUCUCCAUGGACAUCCUCGUCUACCACACUCUGGAAGCCUUCGACUACCCCAAACUCACAGCCCUCCGCCUCGAAAUACCUACCUGGUUUGGCCCACGAAUUCCCGAAUGGUCGGCCAGGAAAGAAAUCACUUCUCUGUUCUCCAAGCUUCACGAACUCGACUUGGACAAAUUCCCCGUCGACACCGUCGAGCACGCGAAAAUGCUUUUCGAGGGUUGCCCUCAAUUACGCAAACUCAACAUGGUCGCCGCAGGGGACCUUGACUUUGACGAGGUUAUGGAGUUGCUCAUGGGAACCAAGUACCUCCCGCACCUGGAGGAAUUGGAGUUACAGACAGAUUCGGAGGUGAUUUGGCGUGCCGACAUUCAUCGACUCGUCUGUGCUCGAGUCAAGCCAGCAACGUCCCCACCAGAACCUCAGCUUCGCCGAGUCAGGAUAUAUUAUUAUGGCGUCGUUCAAGCAUACCCCACCGACCAUACAAAUUAUCCCGUGCCACCGUCUGUCGACAUAAGCUUCAAAGUCACGCUCCCCGAUAGAUACGCAUGGAGGAAGACGUCUUGGAAUGGUUGGAGGAGUACGGUUGGUCCUCGACCGGAAGGGAUGGAUGUUGGUGACAAUGCUAUGUACUCUGAUGGGGUCUACAUGGUACGGCUGGGGCCAGAUUUGUAG